AUGGAGGACACUUGGGGCUCAAGGCAGGGAGGACACGUGGGGAAAGGAGGAGGAGGCAACCAGGCGGCACUUCAGGUGAGGGGACGAAGAGGAAAGUUGGCGGCACUUGAGACGAGGAGGCAGCACUUCAGGCGAGGACGCGGCACGUCCGGCACGGGCGAGGAGGGGGGAGCGGCAGCUUGGAGGGCAGUCAACACCGUCACUGACAUAGGAGAUACAGCUGAGGCGAGGAGGGGCAGAGGAGAGGAGGGGAAGAGGGGGGGAGGAACAGGAGCAGCCGGCUCUGCUCUUCUCUUAGGAGAUGCAGCGGAGGCGAGGAGGGGCAGAGGAGAGGAGGGGAAGAGGGGGGGAGGAACAGGAGCAGCCGGCUCUGCUCUUCUCUUAGGAAAUGCAGCGGAGGCGAGGAGGGGCAGAGGAGAGGAGGGGAAGAGGGGAGGAGGAACAGGGGCAGCCGCUUCUGCUUUUCUCUUAGGAAAUGCAGCGGAGGCGAGGAGGGGCAGAGGAGAGGAGGGGAAGAGGGAAGGAGGAACAGGGGCAGCCGCUUAUGCUUUUCUCUUAAAAUGCAGCAGAGGCGAGGAGGAGCAGAGGGACAGUAGCAUUCUCCUCUUCACUUUCCUGUGUGGUGUGGAGUGGUGUGGUGUGGUGUGGUGUGGAGUGGUGUGGAGUGGAGUGAGGCGUGUCUCGUGUGUCCUAAGCGAUAGCCCCCACCUCAACGCAGGGGCUCUGCCCCCUGCGGCCAAGAGGGGUCCAACAUUCAGAGCGGUGGACAGUGGAGCAGCGCCUCAUAGCGUGUGGAUAGUGGAGCAGCAGCACCCAACAUUCGUAUCAAUUGUGAUGCAAUAA